ACCACACUACUAAGCUACUCAAUUAGUUUAGUUCCAUAGUUUUAUUUAAUAAAAAAAUUAUUUUCCGUUUUUUCUUUUUUUUCACAAAGUAGCUAAACAAAAAACAUGGGUCUCUUCAAACACACCAACGAAUUGAAGCUCCGUGUAUCGGCCAAGAGGAUGUACGAGGCCAUGGUUACCGAAACCCAUACCAUCCCCCUGCCGCCAGCCAUCAAGAGCAGCGAGCUCCUCCAUGGAGACGGCGGUGCCGGAAGCAUUAGGAAGACAAAUCUUGCUGAUGGUAGUCACCUCAAGGAAAGGAUCGAAGCCCUCGACAACGACAAAUACGCGAGCAAGCACACAGUGACAGAAGGAGCUAUGCUUGGGGAGAAGCUGGAGUCCAUUCACUAUGAGCAGAAGUUUGAGGACACAAAGGAGGGGUGUGUUGUCAAGAUAGUGAACGAGUACCACACUAAGGGUGAUGCCCACCUUAGUGAUGAGGAGAUCAAGGCAGUGACUGAGCAAGCGCUUGCUUUCUACAAGCUUACUGAAGAAUUUCUCCUUGCCCAUCCUCAGCUAUGUGCCUAAAUAAAGCUUCAAGUGUUAUCCAUCUUAUUAUAGUACUUGAGUAAAUAUCCUAUGCAAGCCAACUAAUUUACUGCUUGUUUCUGUGAAAUAAGGCUUGUAAUAAUAAGCAUUUCAGUGUUGUUUAUGUAUCUCAUAUGGUUCCCAUAUUCAAAAUUUAUGCAUCCUUUUCCAGAACCAAAUUUCAUUAAGUAAUCCAAAUGUAAUGACACCGAAAAACGAGAUGAAACUUAAUGCCCAACUGUAAUUCUAGAUAGCUCUGCAUGUGGUGACUUGUGGCCAACUGAAAGUCGGUAACAAACGAGG